GAGCUUUUGUAUUUAUUACAAUACACAUAUACAUAUAUACAAUUUGGCCUAGUAUAGUAGUACAUGAUUCAUUGUUUUAAUAAAUAGUUCUGAUUACAUGUAUCAUGUAUUCAUUGAAUUCAGGUCAAAGUCCCUUAGUAACCAUAAUAAUUCAUUAAUUAAUGGUUUCCUAUUCAUAUCAAAUAAAAAUGAUUUGAUACUCACCCCUAUCCCCCCCUCCCGCCGCCGUAUAUUCAAUUGAAUCUCUCUCUAUAUAUAAAGUUCAAACAAACAAUUAAAUGAUGUUUAAUUAAACUUGGUAGAUUUUCAUUAUACAAUGACAAUCAUAUACAAAUCGUUUUUAUUAUCAUUAUUAAUUCUAUCAUUAAUGAUUACCCAAGAAAUUACAUGUUUCCUAGGCUUAAAAUGUGUAGAAAAAGGUGAAAAAUGUACAAAAACGUUAUUCAAACGCUGUUGUGAAAAUCUUGUAUGUCAACUUCAAGGACCAUUUAAUGGAAUAUGUGUAGAUUGUUUAAGUUUGGAGUCAGCUUGUAUUGCAGAUCAUGAAUGUUGUAGUAAACGGUGUUAUUUGUUUGCCUGUAAACCACCACUUUAAUAAAUUUAUAUUCAUCAUUUAUGGUUUAAUUUGCUUGAAACGAUUAAAUGUAUCAUGUUUCUUUUGAAAUAAAAGAAGUAUUCAUUGCUGUUCAGUUGUUAUCCUAAGAUAGAUCCGUUGUAAACAACCUUUCUGAAUAGUCAAAUCAUACUCUGAUUCCCAUAACAUUUAUUUAUUAAUUUUAAUAGUUGAGAUCAUGAGUCAGUUGAAGCUAGAACACCAUGGAAAACCUGAAAGCAAUAAAUAGCCAUUUCGUUCUAGUAUAGGACUCCUCAGCAGUGCUCAUCCACUAUGCCACACCCCGCGAGAUUCGAACCCAUGACCUAUCAGUUUUACCGUUGUACCAAUUCAUGAAGUGUUAUUUGGAACAGGUGUUAUGAAACGUCGUAUUCCAUAAAAAUGACUCGAUUAGAAUGCAAAUUAUUCCUAUACCUAAACGUUUUAUUUACUCAUCACUAAUAAAGAUUGAUGAUCACUGACAUCAGAAGACCCCAUAUUUUGUCAGCGUAUAUUGUAUAUCUUCCAGCAGUUCACUAAGAGAUCAACAGUAAUUCAUUACUUUUAAUGAAUGUGAAUUUUCAACAGUAAACAUCGUUUAGAUGUCAUAUAAAUAUAUGUGAAUCCAAGGAUUAAGAAAGUAAGGACAUCAUUCCUACAAUUGAAGAAUAUAUGGAACUCAAAACAACUGUGAACCAACAUUAAAGUCACAAUCUUCAAUGUGAACAUCAAGACAGUUCUACUGUAUGGAGCUGAAAUUUGAAGAACUACCACAACCAUCAUCGAAAUGGUACAAGUAUUUAUAAACAGUUCUCCACGUAAGAUACUCAUUAUCUGUUGAUUGAAUGCCAUGAGCAACAGUCUACUGUAGGAGAGAAUAAACUAACUUCCAGCUGAAGAGAAAAUUAAGAAAAGACUUUGGAAGUGGAUAGGAACUACCUUGUGGAAAUCAUCAAACUGCAUUACGAGGUAGACCCUAACUCGGAAUCCUGAAGGGAAAUGAAAAAAGAACACAACACAUCAGGAAUAGGAGGUAGACAUGAAAAGAAUGAAAAUCAAUUGUAAACAACUUGCAACGAUCGUUCAGGACAGAAUUGGAUCGAGAAUACUGGUGGUUGGCCUAUACUCCUCGACGAAGAGUAACAGACGUACAUCUAGCUGAUGAGUCCUAAAUAGGACGAAACGCACAUCGUGGAUUCCAGUGUUAAUCACUAUCCAUCUUUGUUUAUAAUGUUUGUGACUUCAAUCAAUAUCAAGACAAUCUGUACAGGAUGCGAAUAUGUCAGUAAAAGGCUGAUCAAUCUCAGUCCUAAAAAUCAACCGGAAGAUUCAAGAAAAACAGUACAAAAUGUAUUUACAUAGUAUGUUCCUGGAUAUCACAUUAGAAUUUCUUACUUUCAAAUAUCUCAUUGCUAAUGACAUAAUCCACAAAUUCGGUAUUUAAAUUCAGUAAAAUCAUAGUUAUACUAGACUGAAUAGCAUUAGUAUCCUUUAGAUAAUCGUUAUUAUACAUUAUUGAAACAAAAUAAUAAAACCAACACCAAAGUCAAAACUUUCAAUACAAAUGUCAAGACAGAUCUACUGUAUGGGGCAAAAACUUGGAGAGCGGCGAAAGGCACCAUCCAGAAGAUAUAAGUAUUUAAUAACAGUUGUCUACGAAAAAGACUCCACAUCCGUUGAUCAGACACGAUAAACAACAACCCACUGUGGGAGAAAAGAAAUCAGAUCGCAGUGGAGAAAGAAAUCAGGAAGAAGUGAUGGAAGUGGAUAGGACACACAUUGUGGAGACCACUCAAUUACAUCACAAGAAAAGCUUUCAAUUGGAAUUCUUAAUUUCAAAGUCGAAGAGGAACACCAAACAACACAUUACACCGAGAAAUUGAGAAAAACAUGAGAAGAAUGAACAACAAUCGCAUAGAACUAGAAAGGAAGGUCAAAGAAAGAGUGGGUUGGAGAAUGUUGGUCAACGACCUAUACUCCAUUGGAGGUAACAGGUGUAAGUAAUUAGAGGUUGCAGAGAUUAUUGAGUUUGGAUUGAUAUCAUGAAUGGAUCAAUGUUAGAACAAUAAUGAAAACAUAGAAGCGCUGGACGACCGUUUCGUCCCGAUAGGGGACUCCUCAACAGUGCGCAUUUGCGAUCUCGCACGCGGUACUCGCAUUGAGGAUCUGCGAGUUCGAUCAGUAAUAAAAGUCUUUACCCAUUUAACAUUUGAACAUGUGAGCUGAAUAAAAUAAAAAAACAACUUGCAAUUUUCUUUGACAUUCAUGUUAUUUAUAAGAUCUUUCAAGGAAGUCACAUCAUUGUCUUUACUGAAUGUUCGUAUCGUGACAACCAGCAAUAUGACGUUUAACAAAUCCGAAGAACAUAUUUGGGCUGUGGAUAGAAUAACAUAUUUAUUGUGGGUGGGGAAAAGUUACACGGAUUGACCGCACCCGCAAAGCCGAGCCACGCCAUACGGAUUCCGUCCAGGCGCUCAUCAUUUUUGACCUUUUCUGAGUGUUACAUACUGAAUUUAAAUCUUCUCAGUCAUUAAACGAACAAGUUAAAGAAUCGUGUGGAUCUGUAUAUUUUAACUGUUCUAUGGUGAAACAUGUACCGCGAUACUUGUUGUUCUAAUAAAGAGGAAUAUCUUUCAUGUUGGGAAGAUCCAAUUUUUCUAACAUCAUUCAUAUUAAUUAGUAUUUCCGUCAUCUUCGGAAUUGUAAUCAUGUUUGUCAACAAGUUACAUAAUCAAUCUUUAAUCAGUACUAUUGUGGUUGGUUUUACAGCAUAUCUAUUCACAAUUGGUGUUAUAUUAUUUGGAGGUUUUAUUGAAUUUCUCUAUGCAUUAAUUGCUCAAAUUGUAUCAUUUAUAUUGGGCAUAAUAGCAAUUCUAUUAAGUAUUAAUGUAAAUACAAUGAUUCAAUUAAAACAACAAACAUUAAUUAUGAUUUUAAUACGUUUUGGGAUAAUAGGAACCAUUUUUCUUUUUUUAACAACAUUCUAUAGGGAAUUCGGAUCCAUAACCUGCAUUUGUUGGUGUUGUGUAGUGGUAAUCGGGAUUUUAUAUACUCCAAUUAUAUCAAAAUCCCAAUCGCAGAUUGUACAAUAUACAAUAACAUUUACCAUAUUUGUAAAUCUAUAUGAAAUUAUGUUAUUGUAUUUAUUAUUAAUGCUUUCAAUUGUAUUUGUUAAACGAUUAAAAUGUAAUAGAAUAUAGGAGUCUAGUUACUAUGGA